UUCCCAUUAACAAUAUUUGCAUUUCACUAUAAUAGUAAUAGUUAUAACUUAUACUGUACGUCCUGUAUACUACAUAUUAUUGUUAUUCGUCAUACUCGUAUUGUAGUCUUUUUUCAUCAAAACAAUACGGAUUGUCGAGUUAUUGACUGUUUCACAAAAGUACUGUAGCCCGCACUUGUAUCAAUUAUUGAGUAUAUUUUAACAUCAAUUGUUUACUCCUUUUUAAAAUUUUAUUUUUUAAUCAACAUCAACAUAUCAUACAUUAGGCAUAUACACCUUAUUAUUCAUUUGUUUUCUUUUAAUUGCCCACAACCAUUGUUCUGAAUGCGCCUUUAGUUAUGAUAGGGAAAUCAAAAUGGUACUCGGUGUGUAUGAUCCUAUUUUGGAGUUGCAUGGACGCUUAUGGUUAUCAACUAAUACUAAACAAUAACAGUCCAAUAACUACCGGCUCAACCGUCAUCUUGAAUGCUACAGUUCUUGAUGACUAUGGUUCAUGUGCUAAAGGAAGUCUGUCGUUUAAAUAUGAAGAUGAUGCAUUCCCAAGUCAUAAAUUAGAAAUGAAAAUUAAAAAUUGUGAAGCAAUAUUCCACAUAUUAUUUGACACAACUAUUGGACCUUCAAAUUAUAGAUACAAAGUAGAUGUUUCUGUGGAAUUAAUUCCUUUUAUCUACCACCCAAUUACCAGUGGUCGUGGCGAGUUAAUUGUUACAGAAAAUUUGAACGGUAUACUUCAACUAUUUCAAAAUAACACAAAUAUUUCAAAAAAUUCUCCGCAGACUAUUUAUGUGUCUACUAAUUUAGAAACUGUUCAUCAAAUUGAGAUCAAUGCUGCUGAUUUAGAUUAUCUUAAUAAAAGUGCCAAUUCAACCUCUGUUUACUGGUUUGUUGAUUGUAUCUACCAAGAAAAUACUACAAGUUAUACAUUUUCUAGUAACUAUACUGAACCAGGCAUUCAGCAUGAAAUUCUUGGUAUUGUAGUGGCCAAUAUUCCCUCAUCUAUACCUACACCUUCACCUACACCUACAACUACUUCUACACCAGUAUCCACUACCACAGUCAGUUCAAUUAAUUCUACUUCAACUAAUACUACUAUUGCUGCUUCUAUAUCUACAUCUUCUACCACUGAAGCACCUUCUAAAACUGAUUUUACAUUUUCUCAUCAUAUAAUCAAUUCAACUUUUACUACAGAAUGUCAACAAAAAAAACAUGUUGAAUUGUUAUUAUCGGCAGUUAAAUUAGAAAACCAGCAAAAAUAUGGAUAUUUUAGUCGUUCUCUGCUUACGAAGGAUCCAAUAGAAAAUGUUAAGACUCAAGGAAAAGUGUGGAUACAAGAAGGCGAAAUGUUAAAUCUGCUGGUAAAUUGUAAUGGCAGUGGCCCCUUCCGUUAUUGUGCACAUUAUGUUGAAGGACCUUAUAAUGUAACUGGUAAUGAAUCUUGUUCAUGGGACAGAAAUUUAGUACAAUGUCAAAUGCAGUUCGUACACUAUUUCCGUGAGCCUACAAAUUAUACUCUGAUCGUGAUUGUGGCCAAUGAUGUUUCAAAAGUUGUAACACCUAUUGGAAUUAAUAUUUAUAAAGUACAAAAGAAACCACAAAUAUCUGUUAUAGUUGUACCAGUAACUUUCAGUUCAAUUGCAGUAAUAAUUGUUGUCUUCGGAAUAGCUUACUACUUUCAAAACAGAUCGAGGUAUAUGGUAGAAGUAGCAGAUUUUGAUUUUGCCAAUAACUCCGACAUGGAAUAUAAAACAUUUAGAGAGCGUUUGCGUGAUGCUAUAAGCCAAGCUAUUAACCGUACACAAGACUAUUCAGAGUAUGAUGGCAGUGAAGAACAAAUUGGUAAUUUGGUUACACCCCAAAAUCAAAAAUAUGGUAGUAUGCAAUGACCAAGCACUGUAGUCGGCCCAAACAGAUGUAAUGUCUAAAUGACUAAUACAUUGGACUGACAUGAAUUUUAAUUCUAUAGUGUAACUUUUUUGUUGCUGUUCCUUUCAAAAAAAAAAAAAAAUUAUUGACAAAUAACUUUUUGGCAUUCCAAAUAUUUUUAAUUUAAACUUAUAAUUUACGGUUUUUCGCACACAAUAAUAUAUUAUUAUUUUUAUGAAGACUUGUAUAUUAAACAAUAAUAAUCACAUUUUAACAACAGACUUGAAUAAAUUAUUGAAGUCUUAAUUAUCUUCUUGUAGUUUUGCAAUAAUAAAUAAGACUUAAGUUAUACAUAGGAGUAACUACAAUAAUGUUUAUUUAUUUAGCAUUUAAUUUUUUAUUAUUGUACAUUUUUAGUAUUAAGCUUCCCAAUUUGAUCAUUUUCUGUAUGAAUCUUUAAAUUCUUUAUUGUUACUCCGUGUAUUCCAUUAAUUUAUUUGGUUGUAAAUAAUUUUUAAGUAGGUAUUGUAAGUUUUUAUAUUAACCUUAUACUUCUGAACCUUCAACAUAAAGUAUAAACUAGAACUUUGAUUAUACAUAUACAAUAUACAUUGUAAAUUACUGUGUAUUCCCAUUUUCAUGUGUUAUCCUAUGGACAAAUGGGAAGCUCACCUGUGUUUAUCAAAAUAUUAUUAAUUAAAAUCAAUAAGUUUUACA